AUGAGUACCACUCCAGCCGGUUCUUCCACCACAGCCCCUACCGCUCAACAGUUGGUAUAUGCUGUAACAAAUGUCUAUAACCAGUUUAGUUUCAUAUUGACUUCUGAUGACUCUAAAUAUAAAUUGUGGUGUCGUAUAUUUAAAGACAUUUGUCAAGGCGCCAAGGUUCUUGGACACAUUACUGGAAAAUCUAAACCAACAGGUGACGAUGAUGAAGACUGGCACUCAAUUGAUUCUCGUGUGAAAUCAUGGUUCUACUCGACUUGUGAUCCCAUUGUGUUGCAGGUUAUUACUACUGAUAAAUGCACUGCAAAGAACUUAUGGGAUAACCUCCAGGAAUUCUUUCUCAAUAAUAAAAUGCCUCGGAUGUUGCAACUACAAGAACAGUUUCGUAACACCAAGAAAGGCGCAUCCUCUAUUCACGAUUACUGCCACAAUCUCAAACACUUUGCUGAUGCUAUACAUGAUGUUGACUUCGAUAUAUCUGAAGUGGAGCUUGUUAUGCAAAUUCUUCGUGGUCUACCGCCCUCCUACCAAAGUAUUAUCGAUGUUGUCAUGAAUACUAAACCGUUCCCAUCUUUUUUAGAAGCCAAAAAUAUGCUUCUACUCCAUGAAAAAUCAUGA